AUGUCACAUGGGCUAAUCGAUCACGGGACCGAUAUAAAUCACACUUCAACUACGGCUCAGAGAUCAACAAUUGGUGCUGGUUUGGUGGGAACUUGGCGGCCAAUAGGUCCUCCACCAUCCAUGCCCCCACACGUUCAGCAAUCCCAUGGUUUUGGUCAAGGGUUUUACCAACCAACUUUCCCAUACAGUCAUGAAUCUCACGACUUCAGGCGGGAGGCUUACAAUUCAACCUUCUUUCAAAACAAUGGUAGAACUCAAAGUCAACGACAAAAUUAUCAUGGUGGUGGAAGGGGUCGUUAUAAUAAUAAUUCCUAUCGAGGGCAGGGCAAUAGAAAUUGGAAUGGUCGAGGACGUUGGGGAGGAGGAUGGCAAAAUACAACGUCAUAUGAUGGCCCUCACGAGUCAAAGGAUUAUAGAUCAUUCUCGAAGAAACUUCGAGUUGGUAACAUAGAAAAUGACGAGAUACCAGGAAUACACCAAUAUUUUAAGGAAUCAUUUUUGAAAGAUCCUUGGGCUCAUUUAACUUAA